CGGCAAAAUAAAAGUCACUAUAUAAAUUGCGCUGUACCUCAAGUCUGAAGAUUUCAUUGCCUUUCUGAACUGUAAACAGAGGUUGUAACACAUUUGAUGCUUAUCCAUCCUCGGAAUAAAUGACAAGUUGGCUAAGGAAUUUAGAGGAUUUAUAGAGCAGGUUAGUAAAAGGUCUUUCUUAUAUUUUGCAUGCAUGCCAAGUGCUCUUCACUGUUUUUUUAUGGAUCCGAUUGGCAGGGAUGCCUUUUUAUUAUUUGAAAACUUUACCCUACUAAAACGCUUGCUUAAUGUAAUGAUUUGUUGCAUUUUAUCCUACUUGCAAUUGCGGAAUAUUUGUUUUCUUGAUCAUUUGAUAGUUGUAGUCUCUUUCUAUUUUCUAAUGGCAUACAGCCAAUUCAAUAUAUAGAUGCUACUUUCCUAUUCGAGUAGGCUACAGCUGCUGAAAUUGUCAAUCAAAUAAUAAGUUAAUAACAUGUCAGACCAAAUGCUAGAUGUCUUGGAUAUCGUUGUAGACUUGACUGCAUUCAACAUUGAGCGCUAUCACGCUUGUGACUUGCGUAUGUGUUGGUCAGUGUUGCGACCAGCCGCACACUCCCCCAGUUCUUUAUCAAUGAUUUCUCUUUGCCGCACUCUUCAAAAGCCCAUCUGUAGCCUAUGCUGUUAUAGGGACUUUUAUAUGGGGACAAUAGGGGUGUAUUGAUGGUCUGAAAUAGCCCAAGUAUUGUUUGCUGUGUAGGCUUUAUGAUUACAUAAUUUCGAGGCUUGAAAUAUUGAAAGGAAAUGGUUGAGAAUGUGAGUGGUAGGCUAUUUCUAGUUUUGUAUGAUUUGCUCUUCAUGGUCAGAUAUUUGAAACUUAAUCUAUGUGUAUUAUUUUAUUAUAUUAAAUAGGCUUAUGCAUCACAUUGCUACCAAUUUAGGAUACUAUUAUGAAAGGCAGACAGGUGGCGAUAUGGCCAGUCGUUGUACUGUGUUCAAGAGGAGGCGGUGGCAGUAUCGGAUGUCUCACUAUUGUAUCGCUCUUGUCCUCAGUUUAUCAGAUGAUGCACACAUAUCCUAUGCAUGCAUGUUCCACACGGAUUUCAGAAGUUAACUUGUGACCUUUUGAUGUUGGCAACCUUUUCAUAGGUCAAGGAUGUUUCUUACUCUAGUUUGUGUGCAACAAGUGUAUAGUUUCUCUCACCAAAGCACAUGCUAAGAGAUUCAAACUGCUUUGGGGCAGAAUAGCCUACACCCAGACAUGUUGUUGAUGAUGAUAUAACUAGGAAAAAGCAGUGUCUUCCAUUUCAGGGAUUGCACAUAAAUGAACGUUUUUAGGAUAAUUGUUUAUUUUACAUUGUGUUUAGUCAUGCAAGGAUGUCUUGAGAUAAUCACAGCUUAGACUGAUUGACCAACAGCCUUCAUUGUGGUUUAACUGACAUUGAAUUAAGACAAUAGUUAAGAGAUUAAUUGGAUCAGAUGAUUAUAGCUACAGUUCUGUGAGAGAACACCUCCUGGAGAAAAGUCCUCCAGAUCCAAUAUUGAUCUGAUAUUGACAGUUCUGAGGUAGACAUGAAAUACACACGUCCAGCUGCUAAAGACACCCUAGCACCCCCCCAAAGCCCUCUGCCCUGCCACCUUCCCCUCUUCAGCUGGCAUUUAGCCCACUCUGAAACCCAAUCCCCUGGACUCCUUAGUACUGUCAGUCCUUGGGGAGGAGGGUUGCCCUGUUCAUAAUCGAAGCAUUAAAAGCCAGUAACACAAUAUCCUCCAGCAAGACUAUCUCCCCAUAACCUGGAAAACCAGUUUUCUGGAUGUUCUCGGAAUCAGCAAAGGGGUACCAAGAGGGCUAAAGCUGUGGCAGCGUGAGGAGAGGGGGGGAAAUGGAAGUGUUUCUGUAUGGGAUGAUGUCUGGAUGUGCUGUUGGAGAGGUGUUAAAAAGGGAUUCCUAAGACCAGUUAAGUUUCUUCAGUGUUGUUGACUUGAGGCUUGCAGAUGAUGGUUGUAGAGUUGUUUACGGGUUAUUGCACCUAGUUUGGCUGGGGUGAUGGUGAGCUUGGAGCAUAAGGCAGGUUGGCCUAUAGGGUCUACUCAUGCUACAUUACUGUCACCAUUUCAAUUAUUUCGUAAUUUCAGCAAGGAUUUCAAUUAUUGUCCUAAGUUAAUGUUGGCCUCAUGUUUUGAUAGAGAACAACGACUAAGUGCAACUAUUUGGCUUUGGAAUAUUUUUCUUAAAUACUAUUUUAUUUUAUUUUUUCUAGCGAUGCCCUGUGUUCAAACUCAGUAUGGAACUGUGCCCUACGACAACAACUACUUCAGCUCUGAGUUCCUGAACCUCGAACUCAGUGCUAAGCUGGCCAUGGACAUCGGUGCCCAGCAGGACCAGCUCACCGCCUCCUCCCUCCCCAGCAUCAACACCCUGGUGGGCAGCGGCUACGUGGGCGAGUUUGACGCCUACUCCUGCCAGAUCACCACCUCCACCUCUGCCUCCAACGCCCCCUCCGGCCACUCAGCCGGCGGCGCCUCCAGCCCUCAGGCUCAGCACUCAGCCUUUAAACUGGACGACAUCCAGGUAUACAGCUGCUACCCGGGCUCCUUCGCCCUCAGCUACCUCGAAGAGACGCUGUCCUCCUGCGGCUCCGAUUACUACGGCAGCCCCGCAUCAGCCGCCGCCUCCCCACCCACCCCGGGCUUCCAGAGUCAGCCUGGCCCAGUCUGGGACUCACCCUUCAGCCCCUACUCCCCAGACCCUGGGUGCUGGGUGGCCGAUAAGUCAGGCCUGGCUCAGCAGCCCUCCUUCUUCACCUUCAACCCCACCGUAGAUCAGCACUCCCCCCUGGGGCAGCACCAGGGCCCCCAGCAGGGUGAGGAUGACCCUUUCUUCCAGCCCUCCCAGAGGAAUGCCUCCCAGCUCCAUUACGCCCCCUUGUCCCUGGACCAGGGGUCCAUGGACAGCCCCGGGCUCAUGGAGAGGCCCAUGUCGUCCCCUAAGACCUGCAGCCCCGGGGCCAACGAGGGUCGCUGUGCAGUGUGUGGGGACAACGCCUCCUGUCAGCACUACGGGGUCCGCACCUGUGAGGGCUGCAAGGGCUUCUUUAAGGUAGGAAGCUUCACAGUAGUUCUAUUAUUAUUAUUAUUAUUAUUUCACAGGCUGUCUGCAUAGGAAGUUUUUAUGAUUCAGUUACAUAUAAUAACAUCUGUAAUAUUCAUGCAUAACUUGGCUCCAGUUUCAGUAGAAGUGCUCACUAGUAAGAAACUGAUUAUACAAGAGAAAGGGGAACUUUGAGAAAUGUGCAGGAAAAUAAUCACACUGUUCUUUGUUUUUUUUUUCUCUUCUUGCAGCGAACUGUACAGAAGAAUGCUAAAUAUGUGUGUCUAGCUAACAAAGACUGUCCAGUAGACAAGCGGCGGAGGAACCGCUGCCAAUUCUGCCGUUUCCAGAAGUGCCUGGUGGUGGGAAUGGUGAAAGAAGGUAAUGCCAUGUCACACUCCCUUAAAGCCUUCAGUGUCUAGUAUAUGUGAAGUGAAAACCAAGCUCGCACUGACAGUCAUGUGAAACCCAAGCUAAGAAUGAAAGCCAUGCGAAACUGAAGCUUUACUCUGCCCAGUCGUAGAAAACGAUAAACUGAAAUGGUUAUAGCAGUUAUUUAGUGAAACGGAGGCUUGUAGUGACAGUCACAUGAGAAUCUCAGACACGUACAGUCAGUGAGAGUCAAUUUCUCUUUCUCACUCUCUUUCUCUCACUUACAGUCGUCCGCACAGACAGCCUGAAAGGUCGCAGGGGUCGUCUGCCCUCUAAAGCCAAGACUGUGCCGGAGUCAGUGUCCACCACCCCACCCAUCAACAUCAUCGCCUCUCUUGUCAGGGCUCACAUAGACUCCAACCCCGCCAUUGGAAAGCUGGACUACUCCAAGGUAAGACCUCCAGACAUGUGACUCAUGGAACAUCAUGUUAUUGGUUGUCUGAAUCUCUCUCAGAAUUUAGCCAGUUGCUGUUGUUAAAAGUUAAGCUUCUUGCUAUAAUAUAGUUGUUAUGUAAUUAAGCUUCUUUGAUGGCAGUGAUCUCGAUCCCAUUUCACACUACAUGUUAUGAAGAGAGGGACAUCAUAGGCAGUGAGUCAUCCCUUUCUUUCCUCUCCACCCCACAGUACCAGGAGACAGUGGCUAGCCUGUCAGAGAAAGAGGAUGCCAAUGACAUCCAGCAGUUCUACGACCUGCUGACAGGCACCAUGGAUGUGAUCCGGAAAUGGGCCGAGAUCAUCCCGGGAUUCACCGCCUUCUGCCCGGAAGACCAAGAGCUGCUCCUGGAAUCUGCUUUCGUGGAACUCUUCAUCCUCCGGCUAGCAUACAGGUAUAAUUACCACUGUAACCAUUGUCUGCAUCCCAAUUGGCACCCUAUUCCCUAUGGGCCCUGGUCAAAAGUAUUGCAGUAAAUAGGGAAUAGUGCCAUUUGGGGUGCACACAUUUACUCUAUAAUUCCGUAAACAACACAAAUGUGUGCCCAAUGUUUCUGCAAUAUAUGUUAAGACUGUUCUGUGUCUAGGUCGAGUCCUGAGAAAGACAAGCUGAUCUUCUGCAACGGCGUGGUACUUCACCGUAUGCAGUGUGUGCGAGGCUUUGGCGACUGGAUCGACUCCAUUAUGGACUUCUCCCAGAGCCUCCACCGCAUGAACCUGGACGUGUCCUCAUUCGCCUGCCUCGCAGCACUCGUCAUCAUCACAGGUGAGACACAUUCACAUACAAACACAUGCACAAACACACACACACACACACACACAAUUUCACUAUACAGUAUGUUUUAGUGAGCCACUUAUUUGCUCCACUAGGAGCUGAAAGGAAUAACUCAUAAGUGUACAGUGCCUUCAGAAAGUAUUCACACCCCUUGACCUUUUACACAUUUUGUUGUGUUACAGCCUGAAUUUAAAAUAGAUUACAUUUAGAUUUGUCACUGGCCUACACACAUACCCCAUAAUGUCAAAGUGGAAUUAUGUUUUUUGAAGUUUUUACAAAUUAAUGAAAAAUUAAAAGCUGAAAUGUCUUAAGACAAUAACUAUUCAACCCCUUUGUUAUGGCAAGUCUGAAUAAGUUCAGGAGUAAACAUUUGCUUAACAAGUCACAUAAUAAGUUGCAUGGACUCACUCUGUGUGCAAUAAUAUUGUUUAACAUGAUUUUUGACUACCUCAUCUCUGUACUCCACAUAUACAAUUAUCUGUAAGGCCCCUCAGUCGAGCAGCGAAAUUCAAACACAGAUUCAAUCACAAAGACCAGGGAGGUUUUCCAAUGCCUCCAAAGAAGGGCACCUAUUUGGUAAAUGUAUAAAAAAAAAAAUAUAUAUAUAUAUAUAUAUAUAUAUAUAUACACACAUUGAUUAUCCCUUUGAGCAUGGUGAAGUUAUUAAUUACACUUUGGAUGGUGUGUCAAUAAACCCAGUCACUACAAAGAUACAAGGCGUCCUUCCUAACUCAAUUGCCAGAGAGGAAGGAAACCGCUGAGGGAUUUCACCAUGAGGCCAAUGGUGACUUUAAAACAGUUACAGUUUAAUGGCUGUGAUAGGAGAAAACUGAGGAUGGAUCAACAACAUUGUAGUAACUCCACAUUACUAACUUAAUUGACAGUGAAAAGAAGGAAGCCUGUACAUAAUAAACAAAUAUUCCAAAACAUGCAUCCCAUUUGCAACAAGGCACUAAAGUAAUACUGCUAAAAAAUGUGGCAAAGCAAUUCACUUUUUGUCCUGAAUACAAAGUGUUAUGUUUGGGGUAAUUCCAAAACAACACAUUGCUGAGUACCACUCUCCAUAUUUUCAAGCAUAGGGUGGCUGUGUCAUGUUAUGGGUAUGCUUGUAAUCGUUAAGGACUCAGGAGUUUUUCAGGAUAAAAAAGAAAUGGAAUGGAGCUAAGCACAGGCAAAAAUCCUAAAGGAAAACUUGGUUCAGUCUGCUUUCCACCAGACACUGGGAGGUGAAUUCACCUUUAAGCAGGACAAAUCUACACUGGAGUUGCUUACCAAAAAGACAGUAAGUGUUCCUGAGUGGCCGAGUUACAGUUGUGACUUAAAUCUACUUGAAAAUCUAUGGCAAGACCUAAAAAUGGUUGUCUAGCAAUGAUCAGCAACCAAUUUGACAGAGCUUGAAGAAUUUUGACAAGAACAUCCAGGUGUGGAAAGCUCUUAGAGACUUACCCAGAAAGACUCACAGCUGUAAUCGCUGCCAAAGGUGCUUCUACAAAGUAUUGACUCAGGGGUGUGAAUACUUAUGUAAAUGAGAUAUUUCUGUAUUUCAUUUUCAAUACAUUUGCUAAAAGAAAAAAAAGUGUUCACUUUUUCAUUAUGGGGUACGUGUAGCUCAGUUGGUAGAGCAUGGCGCUUGCAACGCCAGGGUUGUGGGUUCGAUUCCCACGGGGGGCCAGUAUGAAAAACAAAAACAUGUAUGCUCUGGAUAAGAGUGUCUGCUAAAUGACUAAAAUGUAAAUGUAAAAAUGUAUUGUGUGUAGAUGGGUGCGAAAUAACAUCUAUUUAAUCAAUUUUGAAUUCAGGCUGUAACACAACAAAAUGUGGAAUAAGUCAAGGGGUAUGAAUACUUUCUGAAGGCACUGUAGUUGCUACACUGAAACAAGCAUACCAUAUGCAUGUGAUAUAGGCUAUAGCCAAAUCAAAAUAAUCCGAGUUUAUUGGUCACGUGCACAGGAUACAGCAGUGAAAUGCCAUUCACAAGGCCAUUCAUGUUAAUCAUCAAGAUGUUUCUCCUUGUGGUUUCUCCUCAGAUCGCCAUGGCCUUAAAGAGCCCAAACGGGUGGAGGAGUUCCAGAACCGCCUCAUCACCUGUCUGAGGGACCAUGUGACCAGCAGUGGCUCCGAUGCGGGGCGGCCCCAGCCCAACUUCCUGUCCCGACUGCUGGGGAAGCUCCCUGAGCUGCGCACCCUCUGCACCCAGGGCCUGCAGCGCAUCUUCUACUUGAAGCUGGAGGACCUGGUCCCCCCACCACCCAUCGUAGACAAAAUCUUCAUGGAUACCUUACCUUUCUGAAAGGACAGAUAAAAAGAUGAAGAGGAGUGAUUAAGGAUGAUGUGCGGGGACAAAAAUAUGAUAAACUGAGGAGGUGAAUAGGGGGCCGUU